ACAUGUCGAUCUAGUCCUGCAUUGUAACCAUAGACUGACCAUAAAAAGACCGCAACGAACCUCUGAUACUACUAUUAAAUACCACCUGUACUGAUACAGGUAAACAUGUCUAUCAUUAUAAUGUCAUGACUGUCUAUGUAAGCUAGCUGUCAGACUAACACGCUGUGACUUAAGCCCGGCUACAACGGUCCUCGGCGAGGUAAGGUUAGCCUAAGGUCUUCAUCAUGUGGGUUUUCGGUUACGGGUCUCUGAUAUGGAAAGUGGACUUUCCGUAUGAAGAUAAGAGAGUUGGCUACAUAAAAGGCUUCAGUCGCCGGUUUUGGCAGGGCAGUACCGACCACCGGGGAGUACCGGGUAAGCCCGGCCGGGUCGUGACACUGGUGGAGGAUCCUGAGGGGUGCGUUUGGGGCGUUGCCUAUAAGUUGCCAACAGGCCGAGAGCAGGAAGUGAAGAGCUACCUCGACUACCGAGAAAAAGGUGGUUAUCAAGUCAUCACGGUGACCUUUCACCCCCGUCCACCUCUCUCUCCCCCUCCCAACCAGACGCUGCUCUACAUAGGCUCUCAGGACAAUCCAAACUACCUCGGCCCCGCCCCUCUGGAGGAGAUAGCCAACCAGAUCAUCAGUUCUACCGGUCCAAGCGGGCAAAAUACAGAGUACCUAUUUCAGCUCGCUGAUGCUGUGAGGACAAUUCUGCCCGAGGACUCAGACGCUCACCUGUUUUCUCUAGAAACUUUAGUGAGAGAAAGACUACAAAAUGGGCAGAAACACUCACACUCUCAAACAGGUUGAUUGUGACAAGACAAAAAAUAAGUCUUGAUCAAUGAUAAAUACCAGGCUGAAUUAGGCAAUCGGGAUAUUUUAGGGAUUCAGAAAAUACAGUAUGUUGACAAAGUCUGUUUUCAUCCCUGUUAAUGUCACGCUGCAAAGAAAUGUCAGCAUUUUAUCAGAAAACUGGAACUACUUCCUCAUGGUUGUCUGCCUCAGCCAACAUGUCAAGUGGCACUUUACAUCUAUGUCUGUCCAGACUCAUAAAACAUACAUAGUGAAAACUGAAGGAAUGAAAGAUAUUAAGUGUAUUUUAUCAUAAUUAGCGGAUGAAUUCUUGAGUUAUGGCCAAAAACAUGUUUUGCGAGGUCACAGUGAUCUUGAUCUUGACCUUUGACCACCUCAUUCUCAUUCAAUAACCUUGUAGGUUUACUCAGUGUACAUUAUCCAACAGCACAAAGGAAGAAUGUUUUGAAUGAAUAUACUGUAUAUUCUGAGUGAAUAUAUCUGAAUUCACAGAUGCA